GAUGGAUGCAACUGACUUACUACCGCUGCUUGAGCAGCUGGAUGAUCAUAUCGACGAUCUGGAUGAAGCUCUAUGCCCUGUCCUGAAUAGUGCUGUGGCUGCGACGUCAAAAAAGCUUCCUGUUCUGGACAAAGCAAAAUUUCACGUUCUGAUCACUUACGCCUUGGAAUCUCUCAUAUUUUCUUAUCUACGUCUUCAUGGCGUUAAUGCUAAAGAGCACCCUGUGUUCCGAGAACUAACCAGAGUGAAACAAUACUUUGACAAGAUUAAGGCGCUAGAAACAGAGCCGGAGCAGCGGACGUUGACACUUGACAAGCAGGCUGCAAGCCGCUUCAUUAAGCAUGGUCUUGCUGGAAAUGACAAAAUCGAUCUGGAGCGCAAAGAACAACAAGCGAAAGAAAAGGCGCGUGCCCAGUUGAAGGCAUCUCUACUAGCUAAGAAGGCGGCUACAGCGGCAGUCCCUGAGAGCGCAUCGAAGAGCCCUGCGAACAGAUCGGAAUCCGACUCAGACAGUGAAUCCGAUGGCGGUGAAAAACCGACAGAAAAGACACAACCCGAAGACUCUGCGAAGAAGAUGAAAAAGAAGAAAGUAGAAAAAAGUGCCAAGCGCGAAUCCACCAAGGCCAAGAAGAAGCGCAGCGAGGAGGGUCGUAAAGAUAAAGACAAGAAAAAGGAACGGAGAAAGAAGAAGCAAGAAACCCGGAAAGCAAGGAUGGCCCAAUGAGUAAUCUAAUCACCGGAUCGUACCGCUUUUUUAAUGGUCGAAGAGGUGAAGACUGUGUCGUUAUGAUCGGCUGGUUCCGAUCUUAGGGUUUGCAUUGACGGCUCAUUGAGCCGUCAGUUCCAACAGCAAGCAUACGUCCUGGGACCGUUAUGCCUUUCCCUCAGAACAGAUGAUAAAGGCGCUUUCAUUUAACGACGGCUGCCUUCUCUAGUCCUA